AUGACUACUCCACAUCCCCCUUCUAAGUUAAACAUUUCUGCUUUUUCUCGCAAGUUGUUUGAUAAAAUACCUCAUGAUCCAUUUAGAGAGGUAGAAUCGAAAUCAAAAUCGGAGAUAAGUUCAAUGAAGAAACGUGAACCGAAUGAGAUUCACACUGAAUCCUCAUUUCUAGAUGUUUCUGUAGAGCCUGAUUUUGUAAACUUUGGCCCUACUAUUAAGCUUAGCCCACCCGCCUCCACUCAUCCGGUUUCAUACACACAUACUAUAAUAGAUCCUGUUGAUGCAGAUCCAUCAAUGUCACCUUAUGAUCAUAAAACGAACUACCUCUCCCCUAAGCCACAAUUACUUGAUUACAGACCUAAACCACAAACGGAAUUAGAAGAUAAAUUCAUCAUGUCUUCAAGCUUUUCAGACUCAGAAGUUACUGAGAAUACUCAGUCUAAAGAAUCACUGAAGGAAUCUGAGGAUGUUUCUUCAGAUGAAACUGUGAAGCAAGAAGAAUCACUCAUAAUUUUGCUGUUGUCAACUGCUUUUGUAUCAAUCUCAGUCACAAAGUCUCUAGGGAUUGAUCAUGAUGUGUUUGGAGAAUUUUACGAGGCUUAUAAAUUGUCUGAACUUUUAGAGUCACUAUCUUCAAUAAAUGAGUUUAUUUAUGAUGUUAGAGGAGCACAUGAUUUGGGCCAGUUGCAAUAUUUUAACUUGACUAUACUGAGCGACUAUAUUGUAGUCAAUCAGUAUCCUAAUGUUCAGUUUGCAGUUAUCCUGGAUAAUGUUGAGGUUCUGGUGAUUGAGAUGGAUCUGAGAGCUUCUAGGUCUUCUGCUCUUGCUUCUAAGGCUACCGGGUUUCCCAUAACGAAAAUAGAAGUGAAGUUGAAGAUGGAUGAUGAGUUUAAGAUGUUUGAUAGAAUUCCGCAUAAUAAUUUGGUUUCUUUAAAUACGGUUGUUAUGGCAUAUGCACUGAAUGGGUUUGCUAGCAGGCUUGGUGGUUGGUUUCAGAUAUCAUGA